AUGCUGUAAAAAGUUGAUUUAAUUAAUGAUGGACCAAAUUUAAGAUUCAAAUUUUAAUAAUUCAAUUAAACAUAUGGUACAAUAUUCCAAUAUGAAAAUUUUUAUUUAGAGUAAACUCUACAUUUAAGAAUAGAAAAGUAAAAUUAUUAUAGGAAUUAUUAUUUGAAAAAUAGUUUUCUUGAACAUUUGCCUAAUAAUAAAUUUAUAGAAAAUGGUUUUGAUUUAAAAAAAAAAAUCAAUAUUCUUUUUAAAGUUGUUUACUUUUAUUAAAUAAAAAAAAAAUUUAUUGAAUGUUAUUAAGUAAAAGCGAAAGAUUUCAUUAUUUUUUAACUGAUUCUGAAUGAAAAACUUCUACAAAGUUUACUAAGAAAAUACAAAUAUAUAGAAAUCAGAAAAUAGAAUAAAAAUUGUAAUAAAAAAGUUUAUUACUAAACAAAUAUUAAUGAAUUAAACUUUAACCUCUCUGUUAAUUUAAAAAGAAUCAAAUAGAAAAUUAUUCGUAUAAAGUAACAAUUUACAAAGGUAAAGUUUUAGUCAAAGAAUUAAAUUUACAAAUUUAGACUAUAAAUUUAUUCAACAAAUAUAUGA